AUGUCAACCAUCUGCCCCGAUGUCAGCCGCAGAUCUAUCACGCGAAAAUCCUUCAUAGUCCUUCGUGCUAUAGACGGCAUCAGCUGGAGUGACUGUGCUGCGUCUCUAAAGACUGCCACCCAGAUGAAUGACGACAUCACUGAACGUCUCGAUAAGUCCAUGGAUGAUUGGUUCCCCCUUACAUUGGCAAGCGACGAUCCGGUCUUCCUGAAAAAGCAAGAGCAGACAAUUGUGUUGUCUUUAUUGGAGGGUAAUGAGGCUUACAGCUGUGUGCGGGUCUUUACUGUUGGCCAAGACCUGUUUGCAGAUGUGGCGAAUAUGAACCGGAAUGGAGGUCUUUAUCAAGCCGGCAUCGCUUCUGCUCCUGCGGGCAGCGAUGAUGAUCUCGUUCUGAAUGUUUCAGUACCAACGACCUUUACCGAAACAGCUCCGGGCGGUGAGGAGGUAGUGGAGGAGUCGUUGUCGCCGUUGUUGGCCACCCACGAUGACUAUAACAGCGUGCAGAUACUUUCUGUGGGGUUUGAUGAUUUCAAGCUUGCUGAAUCUGCCGUCUAUGAGGAAUGA